AGAAAUCUCUGGGACAGCGAACCAGCCAGUUGUACACCUCCUCUGCGCCUCCACGGGACAAGUGUAUCUCACUUCGUAGCCGCCGACUUGAGCCGACGAUCAACUUCUGUAGGGGUCCAACCAUGACGGCUUUGUCAGCUACGUCCUUCGCCUUGGUGCUGCUGUUGGGAGCGUUUUUUCGGGAGUCAAGCGCCGACGAAGGCUUCUUCAGGAAUCGCGGUCCGAUGCCGGAAUCGCUGCAGGCACUGCUGCACAGCGAAGGCGACACACAGGUGCUGGGUAAAGUCGACUCGUUCAAGACGUCGGGUGGUUCAGUCAACGCCGGUGCUGCCACCGUCGCCGGUGAACUCGAACUUCCGGCGCUGGCAGCACUCCCUCAACACGACUGCCACAUCGAAGUGCAAGUGACGGAGCGUGUCCGCGGUCACUGCUCCGCCCUGACGUUGCUGGGCAAGAGCUUCCCGGUGUGCAAGAAUGGAGACAGGAUCUCGGUCAACAACCACGAGUGCGCACACAUGGCUGCCUGACCGCAACGAUGCCAGUGACAGCUGCUGCGUCUCGCGUUGUUUCCGCUUUGUUGUGACGGCCAAACUGAGAUUGAAAUAAAAUAAUUGUUCCACGAAAGCA